CCUUUACCUUUUUUGCAUUCCUACGUUUUCCUUUUACUUUUCCUUAAUUAUUUCCUUCUUUCAAUGCCAAUGCCGAUUCCAUUUUAGCUACAUUUUCUGUUCCUUUUCAUCUGACUGUACCUUUCUGCUGUCGCAAAUUUUCUUCCUUUUUCCAGUCUUCCAUAACAUUUCACGAGGUUGGCGUGCAUAUGAUUGGGAAUCUUCAUACAGUAUUGGCACCAUAGAUCACAAUCACAGAGUAUGAGAGGGGUUCGUCUUGCAGAUGCUUAUUCGAUCUACAAGCGUGCUUCUUCUAAUGACCAUUUCACUGAUGAUUAUGAUGACCGUGAACAAAAUUUAGGUCGCCUGCAAAAUGGUGUCUGGAAAGAAAUUGGAAACCCCUCGUGGAAACGCCCGUUACCGCAUAUAUUGGUCGCAAUUAUUUCAUCUCUCUUGUUUGGCUACCAUCUCGGGGUGGUUAAUGACACGCUAGAAAGCAUGUCUUUGGACCUUGACUUCAGUGGCAGCACCUUGGCAGAAG